AUGGGAGUGAACGCCAUCAUCAUCGGAGCAGGCCCUUCUGGCAUUGCUAUGGCCCACAAGUUGAAAUUCGAGCUCGGCUUUCAAGAUUUUACGAUUUACGAAAAGUUGGACGGAGUUGGGGGAACGUGGAGGACAAAUACGUAUCCUGGCUGCGGUUGUGACGUGCAUUCACACCUCUACUCAUUCAGUUUCAAUCUGAACCCAGACUGGUCAAAGGAGCUCGCUGAACAACCGGAGAUAUUGCAGUAUAUUGAAGACACGGUGGACAAGUUCGGUCUGCGUGCCCAUGUUCAUGCAUCCGUGGAGUGCCUUGGUGCUACCUGGGAUUCCGCUAGUGAGCAGUGGGGCGUGAAGCUCAAGGACCUCCAGACUGGUAUCGUUUUCUGUCGGAAAGCUACGGUGUUUGUGUCUGCUGUAGGAGCCAUCUCUAUUCCACGGGACAUCCGUUUCGAAGGGAUGGAGAACUUCAAAGGUCCCAUGUUCCACACUGCACGAUGGCAACAUGACGUCGAUUACACAGGGAAGAAAGUCGCUGUCAUCGGUAGUGGCUGCAGUGCCGUGCAGGUGAUCCCCUCAAUUUCUAAAGACGCUUCCUCAGUCAAACAGUACGCCCGGAGCCCUCAAUGGUACACCGCGCGGCCAAAUCGAAACUUCAGCGCCUUGGAGAAGUUCAUGUUCCGUUACAUGCCGGCCUUGAUGCGUCUGCAAAGGUGGCGCAUUUUUUGGGGUAUCGACAAGCAGUCGUACUCAUACCGCGGUACUGAAGCCGGCGUGAAGCAGCGCUUGCGGGAGGAAGAGCAGGCGCGUCAGUAUAUCCACAGCAAGGCUCCGCAGAAGUACCAUGACGUCUUGGUGCCUGACUUUGAGCUUGGAUGCAAGCGAAAAAUUGCGGAUCCUGAUUAUCUGGAGGUUCUGCACCAAAGCAAUGUGGAACUCAUUUCCGAAGGCAUCCAGAGUAUCACUGAAAACGGUAUUGUCAGUUCAUCAGGUAGAGUGGAUGAGUACGAUAUCAUCGUCCUUGCCACUGGUUUCAAGGUCUCCCAGUUUCUUACUCCGAUGGAAAUCACCGGUGCCAACGGGACUACGCUUGAGCAGCAGUGGAAGGGAUGCCGCGGCGCGCAAGCCUAUUUGGGCACCUUUGUUCACAACUUCCCCAACCUCGCCAUACUGCAAGUCUUCAGCCAGGUUGACAAGGCUCGGUUCGGCCCAAAUACAUUCCCAGCCAACAACUCAGCCCUCUACGCCUGCGAAGUCCAGGUCGACUACGCAGCAAAAGCGCUGUUCAAGCCGUUGCUGGAUAACCGCGCCUCCGUCAUCGAAGUCAAAGAGGUGGUCGAAAACCGCACCACCAACGAGAUCCAGCUCAAGCUGCAAGGCAGUGUCUUCGCGGGGAAUUGUUCCAACUGGUACAUCGGCGAGUAUGGCCGCAAUGCUGCUUCUUGGCCUGGCCUGGCCAUCGAGUUCUGGCUUGCCACCCUGUUCCCAGACUGGCAAGCUUUUGAUAUGAAGGGGGGCAGUAGCAUCUGGUUCGUCAAUGCCUUAGUUAGGUGGAUUUGUAGGCGUAAAAUCGAGUGGUGCGUGGUUUUUGCAGUGGCUGCGGCGUUCGGUGGAAGCAAAACACGUGGAUCUCUGUUCAACGAUGCUGUGAGACAUUCUACGUAG